CUCUAGAAGUCAGUAUAUCGUUCGAAGCUUGCGACGUCUUCAAUCGACGUUAAUUUGAACACAAUUAUUUUAUUUUAAAUAUACUGUAAUCAAAUAAUGUUUCAAAACGUUCUUAUGACCGCGUUAACUCCCUUAUGUGAUACGAAUGAGAUUCAACAAUGGGAAAAUCAGCCGUUUGCAAAGAAGUGGCCAGAACCGAAAUAUAGCAAAGAAUCAACCGUUACGAAAACAAUAAAGAAGAAAAAUAAACGCAAUCGGACAGCGUACACAACAGAACAAUUGAGGGUGUUAGAGAAAACAUUCUGUCGUUCAAAAUACAUAGAUGCAGAACGUCGCAAGGAGCUCUCGCAAUGCUUGAUGAUCGGAGAGAAAUGUAUAAAAGUUUGGUUUCAAAACAGAAGAAUGAAAGAGAAGAAAGAAUCAUCUGAAUCGAGCUGUGACUCUUCGAGCGAAUGCUUUGCCAUCGAACCUGUAUCGCCCCCAUCGGAUAAUUUAAUACCAAACAAUACUACCAAAUACGUACACGAUAACAGUAAUCAAAAACCAACCACUCAAAGACCCGCUACAGAAAGAGAAUGCUAUUUCAAUCCAUAUGAAGGUAAUAUUACCACUGAAUCCCUUUACGCAGGUUAUUAUCAGAAUUAUGAUACAUUGUCGUAUACAAAUUACAACACAGGUUUCCAUACUGGUGAAUAUUUUCGAAAUGAUGCAGGUAUUUAUCCCACACAAUAUUAUCCAGCAACGACUCCUGAAUACACGAACUUAGAUGAUCAAACUAAUCAUCGAAAUGAUAAUAACAUGUAUAACUGGACAUCAAAUGGCUUCGAUUUAAAUUAUUUUUAAAUAUUAUAUUUUUAUUCAUAGACCAUAGAUUAUACUAUAAUUAUUAAGCCUAUUAAUAUAUUACUCAGAAUUAUAUAAAAAUUAUAACAUUUAUGUUAUUUAUAAAAAUAAAAUCAUAAAUUUAUUAGUUUUAAGGUAUAUUAUUUUUACACUACUCAGUGAUGUACUUUAUAGAUAAACUCAAUUUAAUUGUAAUAUACAAAUGUUUGUUCUUCUUUUU